AAUUGAGGAAGGUCCAUUCGUGCCCUGUCUAUUAAGAUCAAUUAGACAACAAAUAAGGCAUCGACUACCGCUCUCCGAGAUUUUGCAUAUAAAGCCGCAUAUUCACUGCCACAAUUGCAUAUCGAUCCAUGAUGUCGGACGCAUCGGAGGAGCCUCCAUUAUAUCUAACGCCUCAGUUCUUCAGGCGCACCCUGGAGCACGGAUUGCAGCAGCUGGAUUUGCAGGUCAUCGGGGUGCAGCUGACAAAUCUGACGCGUGGCGGCGAGAAUUACUGCAGCAAUAUCUACCGGGCCCAAAUUAGAUAUCGCAAUGCUGAGAACUGUGUCUUGGAUACAUCCUUGAUUGUCAAGUCUAUGCCGGACGAGAAGCAGGCGAUUCUGGCUCGCCUUCAUAUUUACAACAAGGAGACCAUCUUCUAUAUGAACAUCAAACCGAAAUUGGAGGCGCUCAUGUGGUGGGGGGACAAUGUUUCCAAUUCUUGGACCUUGGGUGCCAAGCACUACUACUCCACAACUCAGCCGGAGCAAACCAUCAUAUUCGAGGACUUGUGCUCGGAGGGCUACCAGUUAAAAUGUCGUCAGCUGGGACUGGAUUUCGACCACUCUUCUCUGGUGAUGCGUAAGUUGGCUGAGUACCAUGCUCUUACCAUGGUAAUGGCCGAAAGGGAGCCGGAGACAAUUGUGGAUCGUUAUCCAUUUGGUCUGCUGCACAUGGACGCUAUCAAGUCGGAACCAUUCAAGUUGCUCUUCGGCACUCAACUUCUGAAGCUAGCCGCCUUAGUGGGUGAUUGCGAAGGAUUCGGUGGGAUCACCACGAAGCUGCACAGAUACCACGAACACUUUACAGAGAGGGUUCUGAAGGCGGUUUAUCCACUUCGCGGAAAGCAUAAUGUACUAAAUCAUGGCGAUCUUUGGGUGAACAAUAUAUUUUUCAAGUACGAUUCGGACUACAAGGUGCAGCAAGUGAAAAUUAUUGACUUCCAGCUUUGCUUCUACGGUAGUCUGGGAUUCGAUAUAAACUACUUCCUGAACACCAGCUUAGAGCUGGAGGUGCUACGUGACCGGCGGCAAGAGCUUAUCGAUAUAUAUUACAAGACUCUUGUGGACACCCUUAAGCAUUUGCCAUGGUCCAAGCCGUUGCCCAGCUAUGAGGAGAUCAUGGAUGAAGUCAGGAAACGCGAGGCCUACGGUUUCUUUGUGGCCUUUGGCUUUUUUCCGCUGAUGAGCAUGAUUGGUGUGGACUCUGAGGACAACUCGCUGAAGAACUUCCACGACGAGACCUUUGCUAGGCAGAAGGUACAGCUUAUGUUCGAGGGAAACGCUCGCACCUUGGAGAGCUUGAAGUGCACCCUAAAACGUUUGGAUGAGUUAAAACUGUUUGACUAAACAGUUAAUGCAUGGUAAACAUAUUUUUUUUCUAUUCUUUAAUAAACAAAGAAGGCAAGCUUUAGUUUAGAUAUCCUUGCCAGAAAUAUCUUUAAAGCGAGUAUAUAUCUAUGACUGGUUUAAACCGAUUUUCAUACAUUUAAAAACUUUUUACUCAAAACAUUUACUAUUUCCAAACCUUCUUUCCUUGACAAAACCUUUAAAUUACAAAAUUCAAAAGUAGUGUCCAACCAUAUUAGUUCCAAUUAGGAUUGCGUGGUGCAUUUUGUAAAAUCCAAUUAAAUGUACUUCACCCUAAUAAAUCUCGAAACGUGUCAAAGUUCCAGCUUUACCAAAAAAACUAAAAACAAGCCCGCUAGCACAAGCCAAUUAUGAGAUGUAAAAAUAUUGUUGUCCAACCGUAUUAGUAUCAAUUACGUGCAUAGUGAUUUCAUAUUUUUCAUUAAAUCGAAUUAAAUUCGAAUCAUUCAUUGCCCUUGCUCAUUUAGCAUAUGCGAGGAUAACAAACCCUUCAGCCCCAGUCUCCAGGAUUCCCUAAAAGUGCACCCAAUCAUGUGCAGAAUUACAGUUUGUUGUAAAUUAGGGAGUGGGCUUCACGGCCAGAAUGCACUCAGUCAUUGGCAAUAAUUUAUUGUGAAAUAAUUGUAAUGAACUGCAAUUGAAUUAAACUGUAAGCCGGGAUUUAUGAUUUGAUUAUGGCCAGAUAGUGCCCAGUAUCUGACAUGUCCGAAAGUACGUUAAUGCAGUGGGAUUUUAAGAUGGGUAUAUUUAGGAUAAACUGGAGUCUAUGCGAUUAAUCUGUUUCUAUAAAGUUAUAUGUAGACUUCCAUGAAGCCUUAAGAACUUUCGCAGUUUCAGCAAAAUAUUUUGAGACGUGUAUUUUCUUCACAAAAUGAACACUGCACCAAUGCAUAUGUGGUUAUUGUCUAGAAAUGUGCAUUUCACAUUAAUCCACUUAAGUAGGCAACGUUUUGUUCAAAUUGGGUAUUUCAUAGUCGGCUGUUCAGCGUUCUUGGUAUAUUUAUAACCCAGGCGGACUGUGGUUUGGGUAAUUAGAAUCGUAUUCAGUCAAACGGAAGCUGAUGUCAAGUUUUAUAAAUGUAAUGAUGUGAAAUUAAUAACACUGUCACUCGCGCUGCUGCCAAAUGAUAUAGAAAAGCAAGGAUGCUAAUUUUAUUUUUUGGCUUUAAGUUGCCAAGUUUCCUUGGCCAUUUUCUGACUCUAAAAUUAAAGUCCUCUAUAAGCUAAUUUCCUGAUUUAAAUCUUAACCAUUAUAUAUUGAAACCCCUCCGUGUGCAUGUUUGUGUUUAAAAAAUAUGAACUCGAAAUAUGCCGAAAGGAGUAAAUAAUAAAAAUAUAGAGAGGUAGAAAGAAUGUGCGAGACUCUGUCUUUUUUUUUUUUUUUUUUUGUAAUUUAAUUUAAUUUACAUUAAAAAAUAUAAUUUGUAAAUAAUGAAAUAUAAUCAAUAAUUCAUCAAGGUGUUCAGAUGUUUGGCUGUUGUUUUGAAUCGUUGAUCUGAAUUAUUUGUAGCAGUUGAGUUUGAGUUUUUGAGUCUGAGUUUGAUUUUGAUUUUGAGUUGUUUUUUAAGUUGUUGCUGUUGUUGUUUAUUGACUUCAUUUCUGAUCAAAUCCAUUGUGGACACAUAUAUAUGGC